AUGUCGAAACGCGACAUCGUCCUCACCAAUGUCACCGUUGUCCAGCUACUGCGACAGCCAUGCCCGGUGACCAGAGCACCGCCCCCACCUGAGCCCAAGGUGGAGGCAGAGCCGCGGCCCCAACCCCAGCCUGAGCCAGUCAGGGAGGAAGUAAAGCCAGCUCCGCAGCCGUCUCUUCCCCCUCCUCCUCCGAACCUUCCUCCACCCCGGGAGUUGACCGUUGGCAUCAAUGGAUUUGGACGCAUUGGUCGCCUGGUGUUGCGCGCCUGCGUGGAGAAGGGCGUUAAGGUGGUGGCAGUGAAUGACCCGUUCAUUGACCCGGAAUACAUGGUGUACAUGUUUAAGUACGACUCCACCCACGGCCGGUACAAGGGGAGCGUGGAAUGCCGGAAUGGGCGGCUGGUCGUGGACAACCAAGAGAUCUCUGUCUUCCAGUGCAAGGCGCCCAAAGAAAUCCCCUGGAAGACUGUUGGGAGCCCCUAUGUGGUAGAGUGCACAGGCGUGUACCUCUCCCUAGACGCAACUUUGGACCACAUCUUAGCAGGCGCCCAGCGUGUGGUCAUCUCCGCGCCCUCACCAGAUGCACCCAUGUUUGUCAUGGGUGUGAAUGAAAACGCCUACGACCCUGGCUCCAUGAACAUUGUCAGCAACGCAUCCUGCACCACCAACUGCCUGGCCCCGCUCGCCAAAGUCAUCCAUGAGCGUUUUGGGAUCGUGGAAGGGCUGAUGACCACAGUCCAUUCCUACACGGCCACCCAGAAGACAGUGGAUGGGCCAUCAAAGAAGGCCUGGCGAGAUGGACGGGGUGCCCACCAGAACAUCAUCCCAGCCUCCACCGGGGCUGCCAAAGCUGUGGGCAAAGUCAUCCCAGAUCUCAAAGGGAAGCUGACAGGAAUGGCCUUCCGGGUACCAACCCCAGACGUGUCUGUCGUGGACCUGACCUGCCGCUUGGCCAAGCCUACCCCCUACUCGGCCAUCAAGGAGGCUAUAAAAGCAGCAGCCAAGGGGCCCAUGGCUGGCAUCCUUGCCUACACCGAGGAUGAGGUCGUCUCCACGGACUUCCUCAGCGAUACCCACUCCUCCAUCUUCGAUGCUAACGCCAGCAUCGCACUUAACGACAACUUCGUGAAGCUCAUUUCCUGGUACGAUAACGAAUAUGGCUACAGUCACCGGGUGGUCGACCUCAUCCGCUAUAUGUUCAGCCGGGACAAGUGAAAAGAGGGA